GCUACGUAUCUUCUCGGAUCAUGAAGACAGCCCGCUCCGCCGCCUCGACCGAGACCGAGACCGAGACCGGGACCAAGAUGGAGGGCGGCGGCGGCGGCGGCGGCGGCGGCUUGCCGGUGACGGUGGCGGCGUCGCACCUGGACGGGCUGGUGCUGGCGCUGACGCCCAACUCGCACAGCUACAACUACCGCAGCGCGGUGCUCUUCGGGCACGCGGUGCCCGUGACGGACCCGGCCGAGAAGCUCUACGCCAUGGAGCUGGUCACCGACGGCGUCGUGCCGGGCCGCUGGGCGCGCACCCGCGUCCCGCCCAACGCGGCCGAGAUGCAGAGCACCGGCCUCCUGCGCGUCCGCGUCGCGGCGGGCAGCGCCAAGAUCCGCUCGGGCGGCCCCAGCGACGAGCGCGGCGACCUCGCCGACGAGGCGCUGCUGGACCGCGUCUGGACCGGCGUCGUGCCCGUCUAUACCGUCAUGGGCGAGCCGGUUCCGGGGGGGUACAACCGGGUGACCGAGGUGCCCCGAUACCUGGAGGAAUGGAGGGUGGAAGCGAAUAAAGAGGCCGAGGAGUUUGCUAAGGAAGCGGUAAAGAAGGAGGCUGCCGCCGAGAAAGCCAAAGAAUAAAAAAAAAAAAACGUUGUAUACGAGGCGAGCCGGGUCGUCAGUCGUCUAGCAGCAACAACCACCACACCAGGAA